UGCAUACGGGGAGCCCAACCAACUCCUCGACCUCCCUUCUGUUCAUACCUGCUCCGUGCCAUGUGUACUACGCCCUGCGCUGCGUCUCUCCUCUUCCUCUCCUGCCCUAGCCACCUGCCCCGACAGCACCAUGUUGUCCCGGCCGACCUUCAGCAUCCGGAAGCUCAUUCCCAGCCCCCAGAAGAAGCAGCACGAUGGGCCCGAGGACUACGAGGGGUCCUACUUCUACCAUGACGACGACGAUGAGAUGGACACGCUCAGCAAGAUCAAGACAUGGAGACCGCCAAUGGGGCUGAUCAAGCGGUCGAAGCCCAGCAUCGAGAUCAACCGGAGCGAAGAGCUGCACCGCAUCGUCGGCAUCCCGCCAUUGCCGGAUACGCCGCAGUCGUCGACCACUUCUUUGUGCAGCAUUGACAAUGGCUCCGCUUCCGUCGCCAAUGCGAGUCCUCGCGCCUCGCCUCCCCGCCGUCCGGGGAGAAGCCCUUUGGCGAGUCCGCUGGCCAGCCCGCAAAGAAGUCCCCAAAGGAGUCCGCAACGAAGUCCACUUCUCCUCCCUCAACAGCUCGAUGAUCCUCACCAGAAACAUCAACAUCAUUAUCAGCAUCAACAUCAACAUCACCCCACGCACUCACUCCAGCACCCUCAGCUGACGCCUCCCUCAUCCCCUCCGCAGCAAGGUGACAUGUUCCCACAAACGCCGGCGAGCACGCAGGCGCCGUCCUCGUCUCCGGAGGCGAUAACGACUACGCCGCCGCCGGAGACGAACGCGCCUGGCGACGAUGCGGGCUUCUCCCGCGAUAUCCAGCAGCUGAUCCACGAGACGGAGGAGGCGUUCAAGCUGCGUCAGUCGCUGAUCGACGCGAAACUGCCCGACCACGAGCUGGCCAAGUUCCCGAAACCCAAGGCUCCGUCGCCCAUGUCUCCUCCCAUGCGCCGGAAAUCGCAGCGGCGCAGCCAGGGCUCCGUCAAGUCGGUCAAGUCGCCGACAAAGGCGUCCAUGAAAGCUCCUUUGUUGCCGGCCCAGGCCCGGCUCCCCUCCAGCUCGCGACCGAAGCGGGCCAAGUCAAAGAAGUCCCGUCGGCGGCCACGUGUCGCGGCGAGGCAGUCGUCCAUGUGGCAAUUGACCGAGAGCGCCAAGGACCUGUUCAACAUUCGCAUCUUCCACCGAAUCGAAGCGGACGAGAUGCUCCCCGAGAGCACGCUGCGGGAGAUCAGGGGUAGCAGGGCGGCCCACUGGACGAGGUCUCCGGAGUUGGGCGUGACGCACGUCGAUAACAAGAGCGCGGCCGCUGCCGCGCCCAUUGAGCCUCUGAGCCUCGACGGCUCGCGCGACGGCGCGGCGGAGGAGGACGCAGUGACUCCGCGAGCGUCGGUCGUGAACCAGGGCCGAGAGAUCAAUCGGGAAGACUGCAAGACGCCCAUGCCGCAGCAGCCUCCGCAGGCGCCGCCGACGAACGGGGCGAAUAAGCAGGAAAGUAAUGGGCAGCUGUCAGUCCUCGAAUGCACAGCAGAGGAGGUAGACCACGAGCCGUCGCUGCCGUUGCAGCAGCCGGACUCGCCCACCACCAGGUCCUUCGACGGCGACGACGAGGACGGAUCCCUGCCGAUCAUGACGAUGGCGGAGGAUGAACCGCCGGCCACGGCCAAGCUCGCCGGAUCGCCCAUGCCACCGCCGGCGCCGACGACAAUGAAGGCGCCCCUCCAUCGCCGGCUCCCCAGCCGGCAGCUGCCGCCGCUCCCCACGAUUCCCGAGAUCAUCGCGACGGGCCCGGAGGAGGCGACAUUAUCGCCGACGUCAGUGCCGCAGCCGCCCGGAUCGGCGUGCAGGGUGAACAAGGAUGACUACAUCUUCCUGGACAGCAACCCCUGGACGCUGACCAUGCCGGCCUUCCGCCACGGCCAGAUCCGGCUCGCCAAGGCCGAUCUGCCGAUCGGCAAGCUGGCCGCGGCCGUGGACGACACGCUGGACUGGACCGCGUUCCAGAUGGCCAUCCUGGGCGGCGCGGGCGACUUCUUCAGCGAGCCGACCGACUACUCGCGGCCGUCCGAGGCCGAGCUCGACGAGCUCGAGGAGCUGGCCUCGUGGUUCGCCAGCUUCGGCUUCCAGGGGCCCGGCGCGCUGGUCGGCCCGAGCGAGCCGCGCACGCCCCCCCAGCCGUGGACGCCCGUCAUGCCGCGCACGCCCGCAGGCCCGACCCCGUGUACGUCCUCGCCCUCUCCCAUGUCCAUGUCCACCACCGGCCCGGGCAGCCCCGGCAUCAUGCGCCGGAUCGACCCGCCGGCGGCGAGCCACGCGGACAUCAACGGCGGCAGCGGCAUGGUGCCGUUCACCGACUCGAUCGCCGGCCGCUUCUUCCCCCCGGCCGCGCUGUCCUCCUCGCUCGCAUCACCCCCACCACCACCCCCCGCGACCUCCACCCACCGCCACAGCGACAGCAGCACGACCUUCGACCAGCCGCAGCCAUCACCCAACCAAGCCAGCCAAGCCCCAGCCCCAGCAUCAGAAUUGCCGCCACCGUCAUGGUCAUACACGACGACGUCCUCGUCAUGGUCACAGACCCCACCACCAGGAGCACUGACGUUCUCAACCCGCAACAGAGCAGGGCUGGCGAUCGACGCGGGGGCAGGGGGGCGGCGGCCGAGCGUGGACAGCGUGCAGAGCCUGCCGCAGAGCCCGAUGAUGGACCUCGUGGUCAGCCGCGACGUCGAGGGCAACGAGUACAUGGUGCCCAUGGGCUUCAACCUCAGCCACGACCUCGGCGACUUCCUCACGUGGCACGCCGCGCACGUCGUGCCCGGCGCCGCGGCCGGGUUCGCCUUUGGCGGCGGGGCGGGCGCUGGUGAGGGCGGCGGUGCUGGCUCGUGAUUUUGGAUAGCGUUGUUGGGGUUUUACCGCUAUCACGUGGAGUUGUGUGUCUCUUGGUUGUUUACCGUGCUUUCCCUUGUGUGGGCCCGAUUUUGGUUAUGUCGGUCACUCUCGUUUGUUCUCUUGUCGUCUCUGCCUGGGGCACUGCUCGGUCAUUU